UAAUCCCUUGCUAACCGUUUCUUUUUCACACUUGUUUUUUUCUGGAACUGCAGGUCAAGGAAGAUUUUGCGAAUCAUCGAGCGGCAAAGAAUGAGCUCAAGGAAAUUCGACGAUAUGUGGAUAUCUGGAACGAUGCAGUUGAGAAGCAGGUCGCCUCGAAUGCAAAGGGUGUCAGCAAAUCGCUCAAGAAGUUUGUCCCCUUCUUUGGACCCAAGCCCCCAUCAUACACGAAAAUCGCCGACAACCAUAUGGCGAACGCCCGCACGUUUGUCCCAACAUUGGAGGACAUUGGACUCUUGUCGGACAUCAAUAUGGAGACAAUUGCGGACACAUCCAGCGAACUCAUCAUCUACACGGCUCGCUUCCGGGACUCGUACAACGCUCUUUCGCACGAACUGGAGGUCCUUUACAAGCGGAGUCGUGUCCUCAAGAAGAAGAAGAAUCAGAGCAUAGAGAAAUUGUUCGACGAGCGCUGCAAAAUCUUCUCGGAGGAACUUCAAGCACAUUAUCGUAGCGUGGGCGAGAGUCUAGUCAGCGGGUCUGGAUCGACUUUGGUGGGCGAAGAUGGUGCUGUCACAACUGCUCAGGGCGCGCAUCUGUAUGGAGCGAAUGGUGGCAGUGGCGGCGGAGCAGGAUCAGGAGCUCGACUUGCGGUCCAUAGACAGCAUGUUGAGACAAGUCUCGAAUCAUAUUCCUCAGAAGGAUCUUCAUUAGGACACAACUCACAGGAGAUGCUGUUGGGGGACGAGGAACUACCGUCUUAUUUCCAGCAUGAACAUGAGGCAGAGGCAGAGGCGGCAUCGCGGCAUAGGCGCACGUUCUCGUUGGGUUCGCCUGCUCAUUCAUCCUCGGCUUCGUCUUCGCUUUCGCUUCAUUCGCCCAUGCCCAUGCAUACGACGGACAGUCCACCAGACUAUGUGAGGGAUGAGCAGCAUGCAGGGCCGAGCUAUUCAGCAACAGUGAUGACGGCAUCAGGAUCAUCAGUGUCCGGUGCUGCUGGAGAGGAUGAAGAUGCGCAGUUCUUGGCGUAUCAUCGGCGAUAUGAUACGCAUCGCCGACAGGGCUCUAAUGCACGGACAGCAGCAACAACAACAACGACAACAACAGUAGCAGCGAGAUCGAGAUCGAGAGCGAAUACUGCGAAUGCGAUGGACAUGCCUCCAGGAUAUGAGGAGACCCGGUUCCAUAGUGUGGUGGAUCCUGUUUAAAAGAAAAGAAAGAAAGAAAGAAAGAAAAAAAAAAAAAAAAAAAAAAAACAGGCAAAUGGGAUGG